AUGGCCCCCAGUGAAAGAAAUCAGUACAUUGGGAUGGUACAGCUUCUUCUGCAUUUCCGGUGGAUAUGGGUUGGCAUAAUUGCAGUCAAUAAUAGCCAAGGGGAUAUGUUUGUGCAGAUAUUAAUGGCACUCCUGUCUGAGAAUGGUAUCUGCCCUGCUUUCAUUGAUAGGCUUCCAACUGCCACUUCAACUGUAGACAUGAUAGAUGUUUUCUACUUGUCAAGAUCCAAAGACAGUCUGUCUUCUUUCCUAACCCAUAUCAAGGUCAAGGUAUAUGUUAUAAAUGGAGAUACUCAUACUAUGACUUCAUUGAAAUGGUUCCUAUACAUUGCACAAAUGGAAGUUAUAACUGAGGCAAUCAUGGGCAAGGUAUGGAUUAUGACAGCCCAAUGGGAUUUCUCAUUACAUACCUUCGACAGGCUUUUGAACAUAGAAGUUUUCCAUGGUUCUUUAUCUGUUACAGUUAAAUCCAGAGAGGUGGUUGAGUUUCAAAAAUUCCUUUGCAUUGUAACUCCUCACUGGCAAAAAGAAGAUGGCUUUAUCCGGGUCUUCUGGGAACAGGCAUUUAAAUGUUCACUGUCAGAUUCCAAACUGGAUAAAGAUAUAACACAGAGAUGCACUGGGGAGGAGAAGCUGGAGAGCCUCCCAGGUCCUUUUUUUGAAAUGAGCAUGACUGCCCAAAGCUACUGCAUCUACAAUGCUGUCCAUGCCAUAGCACAUGCCUUACAUACCUUGUGUGAAUCCAGACAGAAAUACAGGAGAAUGGCUUGGGGUGGAGACCUCCUGAAGGUUUCAGAUCAACAAUCUUGGCAGCUUCACCCUUUCCUGAGGAGUGUCUCCUUUAACAACAGUGCUGGAGACCCCAUUCACUUCAAUGAAGAAGGUGAACUAGAAACUGGAUUUGAAGUUAUAAACUGGGUUACUUUUCCUAACCAAAGUUUUCGAAGAGUAAAAGUUGGAAGGAUGGACCCACAAGCUUCACUGGGCACUGUGUUCAGCCUUAAUGAGGAAUUCAUCACAUGGCACAGGAUGUUUAAUCAGAGCCAACCUUUUUCUGUGUGCAAUGACAACUGCCAUCCAGGUUACAGCAGAAAGAAGAAGGAGGGGAAGCCAUUUUGUUGUUAUGAUUGUGCUCGAUGUCCUGAAGGGAAGAUUUCAGACAAGAACGACAUGGAUGAUUGUUUCAAAUGCUCAGAUGAUGAACAUCCAAGCAAAGGCCAAGAUCAAUGCCUUCUGAAGGCUUUAAACUUCCUGUCUUACGAUGAACCUUUGGGGAUCACUUUAACUUCUUUGGUGGCAUCAACAUCUGUCAUCACAGCUAUAGUACUUGGAAUCUUCAUUAAACAUCGCAACACCCCCAUUGUCAAAGCCAACAACCAGCAUCUCACCUAUUGUCUACUUAUCUCUCUCCUGCUCUGCUUCCUCUGCUCAUUGCUAUUCAUAGGCCGGCCUCAGAUACUGACCUGCCUUCUACGUCAAGUAUUCUUUAGCAUAAUAUUUUCAGUGGCUAUUUCUUCCUUGCUGGCAAAAACCAUCACUGUGGUUCUGGCUUUCAUGGCCACUAAGCCAGGAAGCCAGAUAAGGAAUUGGGUGGGGAAGAGACUGGCAUUCUCCAUUGUUCUUUCCUGUAGCAUUAUUCAAGCAGGAAUUUGUAGUCUAUGGCUUUACACAGCUCCUCCAUUCCCAAAUGUGGACACCCAUUCAAAGUUUAAGGAAAAAGUUAUAGAAUGUAACGAAGGAUCAGUUGUUAUGUUUUACUGUGUUCUGGGGUAUAUGGGGUUCUUGGCAAAUGUGACCUUGGUUGUGGCCUUUUUUGCUCGCAAGCUGCCCAGCACAUUUAAUGAAGCCAAGUACAUCACUUUCAGCAUGCUGGUGUUUUGCAGUGUUUGGCUGUCCUUCGUGCCGACUUAUCUGAGCACAAAGGGGAAAUACAUGGUGGCUGUGGAGAUCUUCUCCAUCCUGUCCUCUACUGCUGGUUUACUUGGUUGUGUGUUUUCUCCAAAAUGUUACAUAAUUAUUCUGAGGCCUGAGUUGAAUAGCAAGGAACACCUACUGAUAAGAAACAGGAAUCAGGUGGAGGAAUUCUAA